UAAGCUCCGCCCCCACACUCACUCAAAACAUCAAGUAAAUCUUGCGGCUCCUCGUUAUUUUUCCUAAUAUUCCGUGCCUUUUGCCUCCGCGGCGCUUGCUUUCAUGAGAAAUAUUGAUAUAAGUCAUCAGUGCUGAGCCGAGUCGCCCGAAUCGACCCGGAAUCGGCGCUGAGCGAGCGGAAAACGCGAUAAUAUAACCUGUCACCAAACUCCCGGGAAAGUCGAGGCCCGAGAACAGUGAAGUUGGUGUGUGAUGCUUUGUCUGUUGUCUCGGCCUUUGCGCUGAGGAAAAGGCCCUCGUCCGCCUCUCGCCUCCUCCUCACGGGCUCACGCGGCGCCGGCCCUUGCCUCCUCACGCAGCUUUUGGGUUUAAAUCGAGUGUUGUCUUUCCCGCGCAGGUUCAGGUGUGUUGUGUGGCGACGGUGGCGGCGUGUGGAAGAGAGGGAGAGAGAGAGAGAGAGAGAGAAAGAGAGGAACAGGAGGACCAAAUAGGAGCCGAAGGAGAGACGGCGCGAGAAUCUGAAUAAAAACGGGAGAAGGAAGAAAGAAGAAGAAGAAGGAGGUGGCAAACAAAUAAUCCAGUCGGGAGGUCAUCAGCUGAUUUGUCCCUUUUUUUUUUGUUUGUUUUUCUUUCCUCUUUGGCGGGAGAGUAAGAGGUUGAAGAACAAGAGGGGGAAAAGAAAGAGAUUGAAACACGAGAAGAGAACCAGGAGAAGGGAAAGGGAAGGGAGCGGAAGAGAAAAAGGCGAGGGACUCUCCAUGACUCUCCACUGAGAUGCCGCUUCUGAACAAGAGACCUUUCACGAGGAAGGAGCCCUCGUCCAGCCUCCUCGACCAGGAUAAGGUCUUCUACUGCGAGAUCACCAAUGAGGUCUUCACUGACUACGAUGAGUACUGGGAGAGGUUGGUGUUAUGUAAUGCUAUGGUGUGGACCUGCGAGCUGACUGGGCGACCAGGUCUCACUUAUGCAGAAGCUUUGGAGAGUGAGACAAAGGCCAGAAAAUGCCUUGCCAAUGUCCCAAAGCCUCUUCACAAACCAAUGAUAUACAUAGGCUCACUGACACGUCGUGGUCGUUAUGCUGACAUGAGUGAUGAUGUUUUCAACUUCAUCAGAGACCGAUACUUUGUUGAUGAAGAGGUGGAGGCCAUUGUCAACAAGCAUUGGUAUGAUUGCAAGGUUCUUCGGAUCAUUUAUCCAACACCAGAAGAAAUAGCCAAAUAUGAAGAAGAAAUGGCAGACAGCGAUGAGGAGGAGGAGGAGGAGGAGGAACAAAAGAAAGAACAAAAGGAGGUGAAGGUGAAUGGUAUAACACCAGUGGAUGAUGAUAUUCAAGUAAUCAAAGUUCUGGAGAAAAAAGAGGAUAAGAAGAAAAAGGACGAGGAUGAAGAUUACCCCCCUUUUGCUACUUACAAAUAUGAGGUUAUUGAAAUUGAACCUUGGGACAACAAGGAAGCUAAAAAACAUAUUGUAACCUGGGAGCAAAUCCGACGGAACAAGGGAGUCUUCACCAGGGAGAAGUGUAAACUCUUUUUGAAGCAGUGUGUACAGCUAUCUCCUUCAGGAUUCUGGAUCAUUAAGGAUAGAACUUCCAAAAGAUACGACUUGGCAAACACAAAAUACUCCGACAUAUUCCUUGGCGAUCCACCUAAACUCCAAGAGACCAAGUCCAAGAAAAUGCCAGCUUUCCUCAAUACGAGCAAUGAUGGGCACAAGAAAGAGGCGAAAGAGAGGAAGAAGAGAGAAAAGAAGGAGGCGAGGGAGAAGCCUGCCGAUGCCGACUCCAAAAAGAAGGGACGUCCUCCCAUGUCUGAGGAGGAGAAGCAGGCUCGGAAGAAAAUGUUAAAAGAUGCCAAAGAUGAGUUGAAAGCAGAGAAAAAGGAAGAAAUUAAGCAAAGAAUAGAGAAAGAAAAGGAAGACAAGAAGAAGGAGAGAGAGAUUAAGAAGGAAGAAAAGAGACUGAAAUUAGAGUACAUAAAGGACUGGAAGAGAAUGCGAGAUGACCUGGACUGCGAUGACCACAAGGACCUCCCCACACCCACUCCAAUCCAGUGCCGCAUCCCAGAUGAUCUCUUCAGUGACUUCAUCAUGGUGCUCGAAUUUGUCAACGUUUUUGCAGAGCUGCUGGAACUGAAGGAUGUGUAUCCACAAGGCAUUACCUUUGACAUGCUGGAACAUGCUCUUGUUGAGAAGGAAGUUGCAGGUGUGAUGAAUGACAUUCUGCAGCUGCUACUCCAAGCCAUCUUCACUCUACAGGAGGAGGAAGAUGAUGAAGUGGAGGCAGACAACACCUUAGAAGAAGUGAUGGAAGUGGACACUGAGGACAUCUCAAUUCAGGAGGCAGUGCGUGUGGCCAACCGUGCUUCCACCUGGAGCCAGCAAUACCAUGGUGUGCCCCUUCAGAAGGCUCCGCUUGAUGCCCUCACCCUCUCAGAAAUCCUGCGCUUGCACAUCCUGGCUUCGGGAGCCACUAGUGUAGCUAAUGCCAGAUGGAGACAUUUCAACCGUGGUGGCUUUAAGAACCGGGAUGACCCAGGGCUGCAGUUCAAGUUGGAGGAACCAGCUAUCAUCAAGGCCCUAAACACGCAAGCAGUCUCCGAUCUGCCUUUAGCAAGCAAGCUGAAAAUCCUCAGUCUCCUGGUUGGGCAAAUUCUAACCUAUGCUUCAGUUCGUGAUGUCAUUGAUGACAACAUAGAUAAGUUGAAGGAAAUGAAAAACAAGUUACGCAUUCACCAGCUGACUCAGAUAAAGAAGGAGAAGAUUGAAAAUGCUGCUCGAUUGCAGGAGAAAAGGGAGAGAAAGCAAAAAGAGAGAGAGAGGCUGCUGAAGGAAGCUGAGAAAAAAGCAGCUGCUGCAGCCAUGACGGGUGAGCCAGACAAACCUAUCAAACUGGAUGAGGAUGAUGAGGAAGAAGAGGAGGAAGAGGAGGAGGAGGAGGAAGAUGAGGUAGUGAGGGCUGCUCGACUUCUUAAAGAAGAGAAGAAUAAGGAGGCCAGGAGACAGGAUUUCCUUAAGAGAGAGAGAGAACUGAUGCAGCAGGUGCUGAACAUGGCAAAGGGUGUGAGCAUCACUCCACUUGGCCUAGACAGAGCUUACCGUCGUUACUGGAUCUUUAAUUCACUACCAGGUCUCUUUGUAGAGGACAAUGAGCUACAUCCUGGCACUUGUAGGCCAACACCCACACCUUACAACCCUCACUCUAACCUUGACAUGACAGAUGCUCUCCAGGAUCUGUUCAGGGUCCAGGCUGAAAAGAAUAUUGAAAUGAUCAGUGCUGAGAAGGAUGACAAGAACAACAGUGACAAGGAAAACGAUGGCAGUGACAGCCCAGCCAAGCAAGGGAAAGCUUCGCCAAACAAGAAAUUGCUGCAGACUCCUGAUCAGAACCAGCACCCAGACCAGAAUGAGGCUAAGAAGCAGCCUUCUGCAGAGGGAGUUGAAUUCAUUGAAAAGAUGGAAGUAAAUCCCCCACACUUGACAAAUGGUGAUGUGAAAAUGGAAUGUGAAGUAGACAGUGUGAACAGUGUGACGGUUAGUGAUGAUAAUCACCCAGAUGUAUUUGGACUUUGCUGGGCUAAUCCGAAGACAUGCCCAGUGCACACAGAGAGAACUGAUCGCCAUUACUGGUACUUUUUCCAUCGCUUGGAAGACUAUCACCUUUUAAUUGAGUCACUGAAUGAGAGAGGCUAUAGAGAAAACAAAUUGAAAGUUAAUUUAGAGUGCUAUAAAACAACAAUAGAAACCUCAUUAAGAAUGUGCCCAGUGUACAAACUUGACCCAUCUCAGGAACCAGAAAUUGACCUCUCUAUCCGCAAGUCAAAUCGCAACAUGACAACAAAGAAGGAUAGUGAUGUAAACCUAAACUUCCCACUGGGAACACCCAUUGAUGAGAUACUCCAGCUAACUCUCCGAGACAUGAUCUUGGAAACAGAGGAGAAGAUUCACAUGGGGAUGUUGGGGUCCCUCAGAGUGGAAGACAGAGACAAGUGGAGAACGGCUAUAGAGCAAGGAAGUUAUAUCAGAGAGGCGGAAUUAGACUGGGGAGGCCGCAAGCGUAUCUCUUUGUUGAAGUUGGACCUUGGUAUUGAAGUGGGAGAAGACGAUGUAGAGGACCUCCUUGACGAUGCGGCUGAUAUAGUUAAGGACUUGGCUCUGGCCAUCUUACAACUUGGCCAGUCUGUUGAUUCCAAGUAUCUACAGCAGCCACUAGGUGAAACUGAUAAGGCACGGAAGAUCAGAGAACAGGCGGAGGAAAGAAUGAGGAAGAAGAGCAAGAAAAGCAUAAAGGAGGAAGGAGAAGGAGGAGAAUCAGAAAGUGAGUCUGAGGAGGAAGAGGAAGACAAAGUUUCCCUACAAAUCACAGACAAUGCUCUUAGAACUCCCAUGGAAAGGUGGGAGAAGUCUCUCAUGACCAGCUCAAGCGUGUCUAAGCUAUGUCUACACUUUAGCACUCUUGACAAUUCCAUAACAUGGUCGCGAUCUGCUCUCAAUGCUCGCUGUCGCAUCUGCCGCAGAAAAGCAGAUGCGGAAAAUAUGCUGUUGUGUGAUGAAUGUGACAAGGGUCACCAUGUGUACUGUCUAAAACCUAAACUCAAGACCAUACCCUCAGGCAACUGGUAUUGUGAUCACUGUAAGCCAAAAGAGAAGCCAAAGAGUCCUAAGAAGAAGAGACAGAUAUACAAGGACAUCUCUGAUGAUGAGAUGGACGAGGGGAAAACAAGUGAUGAGGAGGAAAGUGAUGUUGAGAAUGAGGAUGUGUGUUUUGUGUGCGAGAAACCUGGAACAUUGAUCUGCUGUGACACAUGUCCCCUAGCCUACCACCAACAGUGUGCUGACCUAAGAACGGUGCCAAGAGGAAACUGGUCUUGUGCGACUUGUAAAAGUACUAAGGAUAGUUCCCAAGAUAAGAAGACAACCAAAGAAAAUAAAAAUUCAAAGGAAAAUAGUAAAGCAAGCAAAGAUAGCUUGAAGAACAGCAAAGAAAAUAAAAACAGCAAAGAUAAUUCUAAAACCAGCAAAGAUAGUUCCAAAACCAGCAAAGAGAAUUCCAAGAACAGCAAAGAGAAUUCCAAGAACAGCAAAGAGAAUUCCAAGAACAGCAAAGAGAAUUCCAAAAACAGCAAAGAGAAUUCCAAAAACAGCAAAGAUAACUCUAAAAACAGCAAAGAGAAUUCCAAAACCAGCAGUUCCAAAAAUAGUAAAGAUAACUCCAAAAAUAAAGAAAACAAGAACAAAAAGAAUGCCAAUGCCAAGAAUAACAAGAGUGCCAAAGGUGCCAAGUAUGCCAAGUCUUCGCCAUCUCCCGAUAAAAAGAGGAGGGGUGAGGGACCAGAAAAUAGCCGCAGCACGAAGAAGCAGAAGUUGGAGGAACCUGAAGUUGAAUACACAUCACCGAAGAGAAAUAACAGAAGGUCACUUGUUGAUGAAAACAGUGACUUCAAUUCAGUGGCUUUGGAAACCUUAUUGGAUGAGCUGUUUAAGCACAAAAUGAGCUGGCCAUUCCACAAAGCUGUGUCAAAGAAGGAGGCUCCAGACUACUAUGAUGUUGUAAAGAAACCAAUGGACUUUGGAAGGAUCAGAGAAAAGCUAAAUGGUCUGAAAUACACAACAGAUGACGAGUUCAUAGCAGAUGUCAUGCUUGUUUUCCAAAACUGCCAGCAGUACAACAUGCAGGAUACUGAUGAGUAUAAAGCUGGCACAAAGCUCUCUAGCUACUUCAUGAAGCGAUUACAAGAUCUGGGCUUAAAUUACCGUGGGGAGCCCAUGCAGGAAAACAAAAAGAGGAAGCGCUAAGUUUCAUCCUUAUUCAAGUGCACUUUACAAUGGCAAGGAGAUCCCUCCUUUUAUUGUCUCUGGGUAUAAUGGUGAUUUUAGUGAAAAGGUUCACAAAGUGAGAUACUGUAUUUUGAUUGUUGCAUUCGUGAAAUACAUAUAUUUUUUCAUUAACUACUUGUAUAUUAUCAGAACAAGUGAAGAAUGCAGCAGGAUUGCACAAACGACAUUUUAUUAAUUAAUUAGCAAAUGUGAGCAAAAUUAGUUUGUUCACAUCAGCUUCCCUGCAAGCUGGCAAGAUGUAGUUAUAUUUAAAUAGUGAAAAUGAUCCACAGUAUCAUGUUGAAAAGUCAGCUGGCUUUGACCAGGUGAUUGCAUUUGUAAGUGCUUUGAUAAUAAUGUUUAUAACUUAGUUCAAUUCAUGGCAUGACAAGUUGGCAUUAGUAAGUUAGCUCAUUUGUCAUCAGGUUCAGAAUUCGUGAGAUCAAUUAUUGUCUCGCUAAUUAACUUGAAAUUGAGUAUGGGUAUUUGUCCUUACAUUUGAUGUAGGUACAGUAAUACUUUUAGCCCUUUUAAAAUAUAAGGGAACCAUGUUAAACAUUGUGUUCAAGCAUCAGGUAUAAUUUUUUGAGUUCGUUCAUUCAGAAGGGACUCGAGCAUAAUAGGUGUUCUCAUCCCAGUUAAUAUAGCUUUAGUACUCAAUUUGUUAAGAAGACCUGUGGGAUUUUGUCUUUCCCAAAUAUAAUGUACAAAACUUUUGAGUUACAGGAUUGCCAUGAAUACAUCAGUAAAGGACUAGCUUUCUAGAAUGUUUUAUUUAAAUUUUGACUGCUUGUAAUAAAGGAAAGCACUUUUUUAAUUUAUUUUUUAAAAGUUGAACAUUUUCCAAAAUAAUAAUGGUUCUUUGUA